AUGUCCAUCCGAAGACACGUCGUCCUCGAACCCUACUUCCUGGCCCCGAGCAAGGAUGUCGCGGCAGCAGAGGUGGAUUAUGAGGUGCAUGCCCAGAACUGGGACAACAGCGGUGUUCCCUUGGAGCCCUUCAAUUUGAAUCGCGAGCGCGAAACUGGACACUUUGACGAGGAUGGCAACUACGUCGCCUACUGUGAAGCAGAGCCAGAUGAUGCCUGGCUUGAGUCAUUACCACAAGGGCCGGAGAUGGGCGAAGAUUGGGAAGACAUGGAAGCGACAGUGCGUCAGGUCAGCGCUCACGAUCAGGAGCCACAGCUGAGCGCUGACACCCUCAGGGGCUAUAAGGAGGGCAUUGUGGAGUUGUUGCAGCCAGGCGAGUCGGUAUUUGGAGCUCUGAGACGCCUUGGGGGCCUCGAGGGACGAAAGCGCAUAGGCGAUAUCUGGAAGGGCAGAUCAGGAGCACCAGCAGCUGGUUCAACGGGCGCGCCGUCCUUGUCAAAAGGCAGAAUGGUGCCACCCGAGAACAGGAAUGCGUUUGAUCGGUUGACAGCGCUCUCCAACGCCCUCCUGGUCAACGGCGACUACCACGUGCACGGCAAUAGCCGCGAGCUUUUGCAGGCAGACCUGCUGCUGCACGCCUCGGGCAUCCCCUCCAGCCGGCCGCCACACGUGGCCGCACCGGAGCAGCCUGCAGCCAGCGGCAGCCCUGCAAUCCAACCGCCGCAGGAGGGCGCACCCGACGUGCACGGCUGGCGCGCAUUUGCAGCCAGGCUUGAGGCCCCCAGCAGCACAGGUGUUGUGCAGGACGGCGGUGCUGCGGCAGAAGCAGCAGAUGCAGGGGAGCCGCCAGCUGCCCCGGUUGACCCCGAGGAGGACAUCUUUGAAGGGGCUGCACCGCCGGAGGCAGCCUCAGCUUUCAAGAGCGGUGCUGCCAGCCAGGAAGCUGUCAUGGAGCCAGAUCAGUUCGCAGCUGCCGUGCCAGAGAGAGGCCAAUCAGGACCUACUGUCGAGAAACGCCCGGAUGGGACAUCCCCGCAGGCAGCAGCGCGGCAGCAUGGCGCCUUGCCAGAUGAAAUCACGUCUGUGCCAUCAGAGCAGGCCGGUGCUCAGUCAGCGCUUGAGGGCAUGGAUGCAGAAGCGGCGGCGACAGCAGACAGUGCGCAGCAUCCCAGCCCGUCGUGCACAAGUGCCGAUACCAACAUGGUGUUUGCAGAGCCGCCGAGUGCAGAGGCGGAUAAAAGCGCGCCUAUGGAGGGCUUUGAAUAUGAUGCAGACUCAGGGUACUAUUACAAUUCCCUGAUUGGCGCAUACUAUGACCCUUACAACCGCCUGUUUGGGGAUGCAGCUUCUGGUCACUGGUUCUCUCUCAAGAACGGUGAAUACCAGGUUGUGGCUUGA